UAAGUCGAAAGCUUAUUGACAAGCGAGCGAGCGAGAGAGCGAGAGGGAGGUGGUAACCAGGUCUCUUCCUCGAUAUUAUUUGGCUAAAGUUAGGACCCCGCCACUGUGGAUGGAGUUCGUGGGAGGGAGCGGCGGCAGGAGGGUGCGGUUGCAAGGUCCGAAGCCCGCGGAGCUAGCAGUGAGCAAGGAGUCGGCCAAGAUCAAGAAGAAGGCUCGAGUGACGACGACGAGCCGUUCGGCUGCUCCGGUCAUAGUGUACUUGAGGUCGCCGAAGGUCAUACAUGUGAGGCCGGAGGAGUUCAUGGAUGUGGUACAGAGGCUCACCGGGAAGAAUGACCAAACGGCAAAGGGGGCGGCGCUGCUGUCGGAUGUCUCUCCGUCUUCUUCUCUAUUGUGGUUGUCCUCGCCGUCGCCAUCGUCUAGCAUCGAGUACUUUUGCAGGUAGAGA